UGGAGAUUAUGACUGAAAAUAGAGAGAAUAAGGAUGGUUAUAGUAGGAGGUGAGGGAUAGAGAAGGGGAAUUUGACUGGCUGUGGGCCCUUGGACUUGUUGAAGCAUGGAGGAGACCAUAAUCAUAGAAAGCAAAGAACAAGACUAUAAAAGAUGCUGCGAUCUUUACUAUAAUACUUGAGGAUCUGAAAUUAAGACAAAGCCAUUAGACUCAAACUCCGAAAAUGAUAGAUUUUUAUUUUUAUUUGACUAUCCAAAAACUAUGGUUCUUACUAAAGCAUUGAAUUCUUGAAAGUUUUUUGAUGUGGGCAAUUUUGGAUUGGUAAAUAUCAUGAGUAAAAAUAAGCUCAUUUUCAAUCUCAUGAGUUUGUCGUUCCCAAACAAAGCUAAUACAGCUCUAAUCGUUUCUAGCUCUGAUAUUAAGCUACAUAACUCUCUUUAUUUCAACAUAUUGGUCAAGCAGAGAAUUAAAAUUAUGGAUAGGAUCGUUCUUUCAAGUUUCAUAUUUAAAGAGCGUCAAUUAAAGAGAUUUAUCUCAGCUUACAGACACGUAAAGUAUCUAAAAUUAGACUCUUGUACGCUAUCAGUCCCUCAUAUCCCGAAUUUCUCUAAAGCUCUUGACAACUGCAGGAUCCAAGACCUAGAUUUCACUAAAUGAGGGAGGUCUAACUUCAGCAAUUGGGCCCGAAACCUGGCCGAAUUUCGUAACUUGAUAACCGGGCUGGCAACUUCAGCAUGCUUGAGGUUCUCUUUGCCACUGUGAACCUCAGGGAUUGUGAAAUCUCUCAGUCUGAUGCGGCCGAAAUCCUCACUGAAGCUCAGUUGGAUUCAGUAAUAAUCCAUACUUAAAAUCGGACCUCUUCUUACUUGUUCA